UCACUUAUCUUGUAGAUUGAAGUCCCUUUUUUUAUCAAUGAGUUUUGAGUGUCUCAGUGUCAUGGAUUGGUAAAAUUUGGUGAUGAGCAAAGUAUUUCGCUGAUUUAAUUUCGUCGUUAGGUAGAUUUUGUAAUUACGUUCCCCUCAAUACGUAAUUGGAGCAAAGCAUUUUCUUUGUCGAAGAGCAAAGCAUUGAGUAUAGAGUAGAUUAUAAUGUGACUAGAGUUUAAAUGAGGGUUUAUGGCUAAUGUUGGAGUGAAUUCUGGGAAUUCUCUCCUUUGAAUUUUGUUUGAUUGGUUGCAUGUCAAGGCCAUAUUGUAGGUUUCAGUGCUGCUGUUCAGAAAUUUCUCCAUCUUGGUUAAAAGGUUCUGAAAGUGAGAUAAAUUUUUGACUACCUUGUAGAUUUGAUAAUAGAGUGUUCUCUUCUAUAUGUCUGACAAGGUGGUGCAUUUAAAAGUUUUUAGAUAUAAAAUUGAACAUUCGGACUUGUAGCCUCUAAGAUACAUAUAUAGGAGUGUGAGUGUAUUGAAUAUUUUUUACCUGACUUGCAAUAAUAUCUAUGCAUUUUAGAAGUAUGCUGUUUCGAUGUUCUUUAGAAGGUUUUGAGGUUCCCAGAUGAAUUUCUUUAAUUUAUGAUGUUAGUCUGGUUCUUGUGGUUUGUCUAGUGAGGCUAAGGUGUUAGCUUGUUAAGAUAGUAGAUAGUUUUCUAGAGUCUACAAAAUAAACAAUAUGCUGUAAUGGAAUGGCAUGAUUUUCUUGGUUCUCAUUUGGAAUCAUGGGUUUAAGUAUUCUUAUGAGAUAUUGUGGUAUUUGUAGCUUGUUCUAGUGGAAGAUUGGAAGGAGUUUGGGUUGUCCUACUGUGCCCGUAUCAUCGUCUUUUAUUAGGAUGGCAGUGGAAAAAUUUGGUGAAUGGGGGACAGUUAUUAUUGGCUGCCAAUAUGUGCAUAACAGAAGGCAUAAAAAAACUAAGGGCCAUGCCUGUAGUUCAGUGAACAGGUGUUGGAGUCCUUGGAGGCUUUUACAAAAUUCUUGCAAGGAAAAGAAUCCAAGAAUGUUUCAUUCAAGGAAUGAAGAAUGUUUGAAAUUUUAUAAUGAAAUUGUCUUAUGACCAAGCUUUAGUAUUAUCAAGGUGAGAGGCGACACUAAAACAAUAGGUAUUCCUUGACCUUAGGCAAGAGGUGAGAUGCAAAUUAAGGGCCUUUUUGAAAUGAGGCAUCAUAGCCAAAAUUAUACACACACACUUUUAACAUAUUAUACUUUUAACUAGUUUUAUAACAUAUACAAGACUACAACAAUCUAAAGAAGGCAAUAAAAACAAUACCCAUCUAUAAUUGCAAUAGAGAAGAUGAAGAAGAAAUUAUAAAGAAAAGAAAAGAUGCUGGUGUUAUAUAGAAUAGCAGCUGCUGUGUGCCGUAGUGCCAUUUUGGAAUGGAAGAAGACAAGUAGAUGAGAGAAGAAGAGGAGGUGAAUAGAAAAAGAGAGAAAAUUGGAAAAUAAAACAAUUCUGCUCUGCUGCUGUGUCAGGAAGAAAAGAGAGGAAGAAAAGAGAAGAAGGAGAAUAUUAGAGAAAGUUGGGGAAAAGAGACUUACUUGGCCUCUGUUAUGAGAGGGUAUUUUCUUUGGCUGGUGGCUGGUGUCUGAGAGAGUUUGGAAGAGGCUAUUGUUUGUAUUUUGGUGUUCAAAACAUUUUUUUUAAAAUGUUAAUAUUUCUGCAGGGAGAUGGUGCCUUGUGUCCUGGUGCCUGGCACAGCGCCUCUUUGAAUGGCUCCUUCGCUAGUGCUAGGCAAGGCAACUCCUUGUCAGACUUGUGGUGAUGGAGGCUUCCCUGAGGCUUUGAUUUUUUGUCAGGAAUGCCAGGCUUAUGCUGUGCAUCGUUAUUGCUUACAUGUAUUGCCGGCAACUUUUGAUGAAUAUGUGGUAUGGUUAUGUGAGGAUUGUGGACCAGAGGUCGAAAAAUCAUCCUUCCUUGGCAAAUUUAGCCGGGACAGGGAAAAUGACUCGGGAAAUUUUGGAAGUGUUAAAGUGAAGAAGAGGAAUCGUGUUCAUAAAUGGAAAAAGAAAUCUAAGAGAAAAGUCUAUCCUUGCACUUUGACCAAGUCAAGGGUUUUGGAUGAGAAAGAUCAGGAGAUUGUAAGAGAGGAGAACAGUGAGAAAGAUCAGGAGAUUGUAAGACAAAAUAGAAUGGAUGAGUCUGGCUUUGAUGAAGUGGUUGAAUCUCAUGGAAGUGAAAGCUCUCAGCUGGAUGUCCAUGACUGUCAACUGCUAGAGAUGAAUUGCCGUAAGGAUGGAAAGAAAGAUGAUAGGCAUGGAAGACAACAUCAUCCCAAUGAGGGCAACUUCCAUGAAGAAGCAGAGCGUCUUAAAACACAGAACUCUCCAGUGGCUAUACCCUUGGAAGUGAUUUGUUCUGAGCAUGUGGAGAUAGAUCAGAAAGUUGGAAGAUGGAAUGGUCUGCAUGAGGAGUGCUUCAGUGAAGAGGCUGCAAGACUGAAUGGGAGUGGCUUCAAUGAAGGGAGUGAAUCCCCUGAAACCAAGAACACUCGAUUGGAUAGAUGUGAUAGUCACCCUCUUGAUGUGGAUCCCUUAAAGGAUGGAGAAAACAAUUGCAUACUUGGAAGACAGAACAAUUUGGAUGAAGGCAGCUCCUGUGAAGAGGCUGAACCUUGCAUCACUAAUGACCGUCAGCUGGUGGUUUCUUACAGCCCAAACAUUGUAGUACAUGCACAGCCGAUUAAGGAUCCUAUUUGGAGGGGAAGCUUGAGCCUUGUGGAAAAAAAAUUUGGCACAGUGAGUGGACUUGUUGCUCAUGUAUCUAGCAUAGCAUGCGCUAAAGUUAUUGAGGAAGCAAAAUCAUUACCAGCAUUGCUUUCCCCUGAAUUACUUCCUAGAGCUGCUGUCUGGCCUAAGGGUUUUGCAAAGUCAGGGCCAAAUGAUAAUAGCAUUGCUCUUUAUUUUUUUCCAGACAGUGAAAGGAAUGAAAAGGUUUUCGACAGUCUAGUGAACGACAUGAUCAGCAAAGAACUGGCCAUGAGAGUGGAUGUUCAAAAUGCAGAAUUACUGAUUUUCACUUCAAGAAUACUGCCAAUGGAGUUUUGGAGAUUCCAGGCAAAAUUUUAUUUGUGGGGAGUAUUCAAGGGGAAGCAGACUUCAAAGGCAGCGGUUAAUGCAAUCUCUGGAGAGGAGAAAGGCCCCAUGAAGGCCUUAGCAUGGGAUAGACGGAGUCCUGUUAGUCCUUUAAGCGAUGGUAGUUAUGGUUGUGGCUCAAUGUAAUUCACACUUAAUUCAUCAAUGCAAUGAGCUGUGUGUUAAUAAAAU